AUGGACAGCUCACCACUCAAGCGCCUGCCCGGUGAAGUGCUCCAGCGUAUCAUCAAGCUCGCUCUCUCGCACGAUGAGCCACUGGCUCUGUCAAAGAUCAGCUCAUACAACGGUCUAACACAGACCUGUCGCCAGCUGCGUUCCGACACCUGGGCACUGUUCUGGAAAUUCAAUACCUUCCGCGAACAAGAACCUACCGAAAAGAUGGAGAUCAGCAGGCACACCAAACGCCUCCAGUACCUACUCGGCAUCAGUCCACUCGUCGUCAAGCAUAUCGCUGGUCUUGACCUCUCACUCGAACUCCGCACAGCUACGGCACAAAGUUGGCAGGUGUCGAUCAAGCACGCUGAAUCUCCUGCUGCAAACUGCGAGCAAGUGCUGGCUUCUGGCAACGACAGGAUUGCCCAAGGCAAGGUGUGGGUGUUCAGUCGAUAUUUGGACAGGAUUCUCGACGCGUACCAGCAAGCUGGUUUCGAGGUCUUCGCUACGCCGAAAUUUGGUAGGCAGGAUGGUGCCGUGAGACGGUUCUGGAUGGUGCCUACUUGA